AUGUGGAUAAACUCACCCUCCUCUGGGUAUGCUCCCACUCACCCUCCUCUGGGUAUGCUCCCACUUACCCUCCUCUGGUAUGCUCCCACUCACCCUCCUCUGGGUAUGCUCCCACUCGCCCUCCUCUUGGUAUGCUCCCACUCGCCCUCCUCUUGGUAUGCUCCCACUCGCCCUCCUCUGGAUAUUUUCCAACGGAUUAACCUCCCUUCCUCUGACUCACCCACCCAAGGGAUUAACCUCCCUUCCUCUGUCUCACCCACCCAAGGGAUUAACCUCCCUUCCUCAGACUCACCCACCCAAGGGAUUAACCUCCCUUCCUCUGACUCACCCACCCAAGGGAAUAACCUCCCUUCCUCCGACUCACCUACCCAAGGGUUAACCUCCCUUCCUCUGACCCACCCACCCAAGGACCCCUUUUCCUCCCACCCAAACACCCAAGGGGCUUCAGCCCCUUUUCCUCCCACCCAGACACCCAAGGUGCUUCAGCCCCUUUUCCUCCCACCCAGACACCCAAGGGGCUUCAGCCCCUUUUCCUCCCACCCAGACACCCAAGGGGCUUCAGCCCCUUUUCCUCCCACCCACACACCCAAGGGGCUUCAGCCCCUUUUCCUCCCACCCACACACCCAAGGGGCUUCAGCCCCUUUUCCUCCCACCCACACACCCAAGGGGCUUCAGCCCCUUUUCCUCCCACCCACACACCCAAGGGGCUUCAGCCCCUUUUCCUCCCACCCACACACCCAAGGGGCUUCAGCCCCUUUUCCUCCCACCCACACACCCAAGGGGCUUCAGCCCAUUUUCCUCCCACCGAGACACCCAAGGGGCUUCAGCCCCUUUUCCUCCCACCCAGACACCCAAGGGGCUUCAGCCCCUUUUCCUCCCACCCAGACACCCAAGGGGCUUCAGCCCCUUUUCCUCCCACCCAGACACCCAAGGGGCUUCAGCCCCUUUUCCUCCCACCCAGACACCCAAGGGGCUUCAGCCCCUUUUCCUCCCACCCAGACACCCAAGGGGCUUCAGCCCCUUUUCCUCCCACCCACACACCCAAGGGGCUUCAGCCCCUUUUCCUCCCACCCAGACACCCAACGGGCUUCAACCCCUUUUCCUCUCACCCACACACCCAAGGGGCUUCAGCCCAUUUCCUCCCACCCACACACCCAAGGGGCUUCAGCCCCUUUUCCUGCCACCCACACACCCAAGGGGAUUCAGGCCCCUUCUCUCUCACACUCAGCCAAGGGGAUUCAGGCCCCUUCUCUCUCACACUCAGCCAAGGGGUUUCAGGCCCCUUCUCUCUCUCACUCACCCAAGGGGUUUCAGGCCCCCUCUCUCUCUCACUCACCCAGGCCCUCCCACCCAUUACCUGCCAGCAGUAG